GCAUCUUUCAGUGAAUAUUCUCUUCUAAAUCCCAUUUUUUAAAAUGAGAAUAUAGCAACGUACCUUUUAGUUAUACAAUAGCUAAACUGUUUGUUCUGAUUUGUUCUAUAUUCCUUUAUUUAAGAAAAGAGAGUUAAGAAUAGCUCCUUACAGUCCAUUUGUCACUUAUCUCUGAAUGAGGAUUUUACAAGAGUUCUUGACAGUGCUCAUCUCCAAGUAGUAAUAGCAAAUUUAGCUAUGUGUACACUGUUGGGGGUGACAUUUCAUUCCUUAAUUCGUUAUUUUCCCUUCAUGAACAGUUCAUUUGCUAUUUUUUCUACACAUUUCCACAAUACAAUCAAAGUUUUUCACAGCUACGCUAGUCAGUACCUCACAGAUUAUUCAUCAGUAGACUGAGCAGCAGGGAUCUCUACACAGAUUCUUGAGAUUUUUACUGGUGACCACCUUCGGCUAUAUAAAUCCACUAUUAUUUCUUCCCCUUUAUGCCCUAGUUUUUAACCAAUUAAUCUGCAUCAGAAUUAAUAAUUGGAUUUAUUAAUGAAAAUUAGUAAAAUUAUCCCUUCUAUUGAAUGUCAACUGAUGUCUUCUCCGAGAAACAAAAGUUCUUUGAAAGUACAAGUACACUUCUGUUGUAAUAAAGCACUGUCCUCUGAAAUGCUUUGUGUGACCACCUUAAUAAGGUUAUGAACUGCAGCACUCCCAUUUUUGCUCAGCACGAGGAGGAUUUGGAAACCUGGACAGGCAAGAAAAGGAGUAGCUACAGAAGUUGGAGUUUUUUCAACCCUAGAACUGCUGAAUCUCCAACUUUUUUUAGCUAAUGCUUUCGAGUCUCAUGAGGCUGUGGGAUACAAAAAAGCAGUACAUGGUGCUUCUGCCCUUUCUGAUACAUACUGGUUCUCCUGAGAAAAUCUGUGUUCAGCUGACUCACCUGAAUGAGUCUGUGACACUGAGUGCUACACUUGAGUAUCAAGGGGAAAACAGGAGCUUGAUUGAUGUGGUGACAGAGAAGGAUGUGUUUACCUGCAUCCCUUACUCUCUUUCAGAAUCCAACAGCACAUCAGUGGCACUUCUCACUGUGACAGUGAAGGGAGAGACCCUGCAGUUCAGAAGCAGCAAGUCAGUGCUGGUCAAGAAUUCUGAGAGUUUGGUCUUUGUCCAGACAGACAAACCUAUCUACAAGCCUGGACAGACAGUUCUGUUUCGGAUUGUCUCCCUGGAUGAAGACUUCCACCCACUGAAUGAGAAGUUUCCAUUCGUCUAUGUUCAGGAUCCCCAGAGAAACCGUGUGUAUCAAUGGCAAGGGGUAGAACUUGAGACUGGCCUUAUACAGCUCUCCUUCCCCCUCACCUCUGACCCCAUCCAAGGCUCCUACAAAAUAGUUGUGCAGAAGAACUUCAUCUCCCAUGUGGCGCACUCCUUCACUGUAGAGGAAUAUGUGCUGCCCAAGUAUGAGGUCCUGGUGAAGCUGCCUAAGAUGAUUACUAUUGAGGAUAAGGAACUUCCAGUGUCCGUCUGUGGUCUUUACACGUAUGGGAAACCAGUCCCUGGUUUGGUGAGUGUCCAAGUGUGCCGGAAAUUUUCUCAUUCUGCUUCACAUUGUUAUGGAGAAGAAGGAGAAGCUGUGUGUGAAGAAUUCACUAGGCAGGCAGAUGCUCAUGGGUGUGUUUCUGCUGUGGUAAGGACCAAAAUAUUUCAGCUCCGGCGCAGGGGAUAUGAGAUGAGCAUUGAGGUGAAAGGCAAGAUCACAGAAGAUGGUACAGGAAUAGUUGUGACUGGAAUAGGCUCCUGUGAAAUCACAUCCAUCAUGAGCAAAGUCAGCUUUGACCUGUUGGACUCUCAUUACAGACCAGGGAUCCCACUCUUUGGGAGGGUAAAGCUGGUAGAUGGUAAUGAUGCUCCCAUUGCCAAUGAAACCAUCAGGAUUUCUGUGAAUGGAGACACGUACAAAGGCAAUUACACUACAGAUGAACAGGGACAAUCCUGGUUUUCCAUCAAUACUACCAUGUUCACAGAAGCCUCCCUGGAAAUCCGAGCUGAAUAUAAACCUGAACUGAACUGUUAUGACAGUGACUGGAUCACGCCUUCAUAUGAGCAUGCCAUGCACAGAAUAAGUCGGUUUUACUCCCCCAGUAAGAGCUUUCUCAAAAUUGAGCCCAAGUUGGAGAUGUUAAGAUGUGGCUCUUUCGCAGAGAUCCAGGUGCACUAUAUAUUCACACCAGAGGCCAUUGAACAGCAGAAGAAAAUUAUCAUUUACUAUUUGGUGAUGGCCAAGGGCAGUAUUAUGUUAGCAGACACCCAUGAUCUGACUGUGGAUCCUGGAAAUGCUUACGGGAUAUUUCAGUUGAUCUUACCUGUUGAGAUGACAAUUGCUCCCCUGGCACAGAUGCUUGUGUAUACCACUUCACCCAGUGGAGAAGUCAUUGCUAGUACAGCAGAAUUCCAGGUUGAAAGUUGCCUUCUCAAUAAAGUCAACUUGAGUUUUGUACCCAAAGAAGAACUUCCUGCUUCCAAGACAAUCCUGAAACUCCAUUCCUCACCAAGGUCCCUGUGUGCCCUCCGUGCUGUGGACAGGAGCGUUCUCCUCAUGAAGCCUGAAGAUGAGCUCUCUCCCAGCUCUGUGUAUAACCUUCUCCCAGUCAAGGAACUCCGAGGCUAUAGCUUCAAGGACUACUACUUGGAAGAAGAAGAUGUAAACCCCUGUGUGUCACUUGACAACAUAUUACUAAAUGGAUUCACCUAUAUACCCAUUUCUCCUGAUGGUGAAGGUGAUGCUUAUGACAUUCUCAAACUGCUAGGCUUAAAAAUCUUCACUAGCAACAAAAUCCAUAAGCCUGAAGUCUGCCAGCAUUACACAGCACAUAUGAUGGAAAGGAGUUACAGUGGUUCUAUCAGUGCAUUGCAACUCCUUGAUGAUUCAGACUAUGCAAUGUUAAAAGGGAUGGAUGCUGGCAGUCCCAUGGAGACCAUCCGGAAGUACUUCCCUGAGACAUGGAUUUGGGACAUAGUUUCAGUGAACUCUGAGGGAAACGCUGAACUAGAUGUGACCAUCCCUGACACCAUCACUGAAUGGAAAGCCAGUGCAUUCUGCAUGUCCCCAGACACAGGCUUUGGCCUGUCACCAACAGUGUCCCUCAGAGCCUUCCAGCCUUUCUUUGUAGAGCUCACCCUGCCUUAUUCUGUAGUGCGUGGUGAGGCCUUCACGCUGAAAGCUACUGUUUUCAACUACCUGACAGCCUGCAUCAGAGUCAGCGUGAUUCUGGCUCAGUCUACUCAAUUUCUGGCUACUCCAGUGGAAAAGGAGGAAGACUCUCAUUGUCUCUGUGAGAACGGGAGGAAAACAGUGGCUUGGCUGGUGACUCCCAAAUCUCUAGGGCUGGUGGAGUUCUUGGUGAGCACUGAGGCCCUCCAGAACCAGCAGCCAUGCAGAAACACCACAGUGGAGACCCCUGAAAAAGGGCGGAAGGACACAGUCAUCAGGCAGCUGUUGGUGGAGCCUGAAGGAGUUGAGAAGGAAACUGUUCAGAACUUGGUGCUCUGUUUAAAAGGAGAGUCCGUGAAAGAGAAGUUUUCUCUGUUGCUUCCUUCGAAUGUGGUACAAGACUCAGGCAGAGCAUAUUUCUCAGUGCUAGGUGACCUCAUGGGCACUGCCAUGCAGAAUCUGCACCAGCUACUCCAAAUGCCGUUUGGUUGUGGUGAACAGAACAUGGUCCUGUUUGCACCCAACAUCUAUGUCCUGGACUAUCUGAACAAGACAGGACAGCUGAGUGAGGAGGUCAAAUCCAAGGCCAUCGGAUACUUAGUGAGCGGUUAUCAGAGGCAGAUGAACUACAAGCACCCAGAUGGCUCUUACAGUACCUUUGGACCACGUUAUCGCCAACCGGGGAACACCUGGCUCACAGCCUUUGUCCUGAAGUCCUUUGCCCGGGCCCGGUCUCACAUCUUCAUAGAUGAAAAGCACAUCCAGGAUGCUUUGAUCUGGCUCAGUCAAAAUCAGAAGGAGAAUGGCUGCUUCCGCAGUUCUGGGGUGCUCCUGAACAAUGCCAUGAAGGGUGGAGUGAACGAUGAGGUAACACUGACAGCCUACAUCACUAUCGCACUGCUGGAGAUUCCUCUGCCUGUAACUCACUCGGUGGUGCGUAAUGCUCUGUUCUGCCUGGAAACGGCAGGAAAUGGGAAAGAAAAUCACGUGUACACCAAGGCACUGCUGGCGUAUGCCUUUGCCCUGGCAGGGAAGGAGGAGAAGCGGAAGGAGUUCCUCAGCUCACUUGAAAAGGAAGCCGUCAAAAAGGAUGGGUCUGUUCACUGGCAGCGGCCUGGGAAAGAGCCAGAGGCUGAUCUCCCGUACUACCGCAAUAAAGCUCCCUCUGCUGAAGUGGAGAUGACGGCCUAUGUGCUCCUUGCUCACCUCACCACGCAGCCAGCACCUUCGCAGGAGGAGCUGUCAUUUGCAUCUCUUAUUGCAAAGUGGAUCAUUGGUCAGCAGAAUCCCAAUGGAGGCUUCUCCUCCACCCAGGACACAGUUGUGGCUCUGCAAGCCCUCUCCCUGUAUGGAGCUUCCACCUAUGCCAAGAGUGGAGCAGCUUCCAAAGUGUCCCUGCGAUCUGGAGGAGACUUCCAGCAAGACUUCCACGUGGAUCCCUCAAACCGGCUGCUGCUCCAGCACGUGGCCCUGCCCCAGGUGCCAGGGGAAUACAGCAUAGAGGUGUCUGGCAAAGGAUGUGUCUACCUGCAGACAAGCCUGAGGUACAACGUGCAGCCCAAGCAGGAGAGUGCACCCUUCCUGCUGCAUGUACACACGAGCCCAGAGACAUGUGAGGACUCCAAGGCUCACAAGGUCUUCGACAUAGGCAUAAAUGUCAGUUACACGGGUGAGCGCAGUGUCUCCAACAUGGUGAUUAUCGAUGUGAAAAUGCUGUCGGGAUUCAUCCCUGUCAAGUCCUCAGUGAGGAAGCUGGCACACCACCAAGUUAUUGAGCGUACGGAGUUCAGUACCAACCAUGUCUUAGUGUAUGUGGAAAAGCCCUCGGCAGGUUUUCCCUCUGGGCCUGCAUAUGGAUCAGCCUACACCUGUCCACCAGACACGAGCUCCCCCAGCGUGGGGAAAGGCCCCGGGGUUUCCCCUUGUCCCUCAGCCAGGCCUGCUGAGGGACACGCUCACACGCCCACACUCCCAGCGCCCAGGGCACUACUGGCAGCAAGAGCACUAGUGGCAAGAGUUCAAUGAGGAGACAGCAGGAGAGCCCAGGGCAGACGCAGAGCAGACACUCAGCCUCCAUCACUUCCUUU